UUUCAGACUAUAACUUAUCCGUUACUCUAGGAUUAUAGUCUAGACUAGUGACGCUACAACCUUACACACACCAUGUCAGUGGUGACACAAGUACAGAUUGUGGAUGGAAUGGCACUUCCUCAAAUUCUUGGAGGAUUACGUUCCACCAAAGAGGAGGAAAGAAAUAGAUAUGCACUUGAAUUGAGAACUUAUUUAGCAUCUAUUGCAAGAGAUCUUUCAUCGGAGCAAUUCAAUCGCUACAAUAAUGAUAUCAACAAAAAGAUUUUUGAACUCUUACAUAGUUCCGAACUGGCAGAAAAAUUAGGAGGAAUUGCGGCCUUAAAUUCUCUUAUUGAUUUUGAUUCUGGUGUUGGUGAAGAAAAUGCCACCAAAACUGCUAGAUUCUCUAAUUAUUUGGGCUCACUCAUUUUGUCAAAUGAUCUUACCAUCAUGAAACAGGCCACCAAAACAUUGGGGAAGUUGGCAACUCCUGGAGGAACCUUGACGGUUGACUUUGUAGACUUUGAGGCUAAAAGAGCCAUUGAAUGGCUCCAAAGUGACACCAAACAACAUGAAAAUAGAAGACAUGCUGCCAUUUUGAUUAUUACUGCAUUGGCCGAUAACGCUCCUACGUUAUUGUACCCUUUUAUAAAUCAAAUUCUCGAACAUUUAUGGAUUCCAUUGAGAGACCAUAAAUUGAUUAUUCGAGUUGAUGCCGCAGUAGCUCUUCAACGAUGCAUUGCCAUUAUAUACGACAGAGAUAUCGAUUCAAGGAGGUUCUGGAUCAAGAACUUGAUUGAUCUGGCCAGUAAGGUAUUGAAUGAACGUCAACUUUCUGCCAUUGGUUCUGGUAGCCAUGAUAAUGGAGCACUGUCAUAUGAUGACAUGAAUGAAACACCAUUAGGAGUUGCAGCAAAUACAGCAUACAAUUUGAUAACUGCAACCACAUCAGGACUUCAAUCAAACGAGGCUAUUCAUGGUGCUCUUUUGGUGUAUCGUGAACUUGUAAAGUAUCAUGAAGACACUUAUAUUCAAACCAAAUUUGAAUUGAUCUUUGAAAGUACCAUAUUAUACAAGAAUAACAAAAUUCCAACCAUUAGACAAGAACUAACAAAUAUAUUCCCAUUACUUUGCAGAGUGAAUGCUGCACAUUAUGUGGAAAACUACCUUCAUCGUACACUUUUGUAUUAUUUAUCACAAUUGAAGAAGUAUAAAAAUCAUCAUAAUGAAAUUGCAAAUGCUGAUAAGAGUGCUAUUUUCCGCAGUAUAGGGUUAAUUUCACUUGAAGUCGGCAAUCAAAUUGCCACGUAUCUCGAUGCGAUCUUGGACAAUAUCAGAGAAGGAUUGUCAUAUCCUGCAAACUCCAGUGUCCAACUGAUCAUUGUAAAUGCUGUUACAGGAGGUAAUGCAGGGGGAGUUGGUAAUAAUGGUGGAAAUGGUAAUGGAAAUGGAGAAAAUGGACUGCUUGGACCAAAUGGAGGAGGAAAUUCAAAUGGUGGAAUGAAUGGAGGAGUUAAUGGGAAUGGAGGUGCUAAUUCUAAUGGAAAUCAUAUUGGUACCAAUGGAGGAGGAUCUUCUGCUCUUUCUUCAAUCUCCACCAGUGUUUCUGGGUCUGCUAAAUAUAGAACCAGUAGAAAAGAUACAGAACCGGCCAUAUUUGACUGUAUUGGAAAACUUUCCAUUGCAGUUGGGCCAGCUCUAACCAAACAUCUUCAACGUGAUAUUCUCGAUAUGAUGUUUUCCAAUUGUUCUUUAUCCAAGCAUAUGCAAGAUGUUCUUCAAACCCUUAUUAUCAAUAUUCCAACCCUCAUUCCAUUGAUCAACAUAAAAUUGUUAAACUUGUUAAGUUUGGUGCUCUCUGGUAAAGUAUUUCAACCUCCUGGAUCUCCUUAUGGAAGUAUACGUAUGAAUGAAUCUCUUGCUAGAGAUUAUAGACUUAUAAUGAUUUCACGCGAUACAGGACUUAGCAUAAAUAGCAUUAUGAACAAUCAUGACGGAUAUGAUAGUUAUGAUAGUGGGAUUUUAAUCCAAGCACUUGAGAUGCUUGCUUAUUUCAAGUUUGAAAACUAUCAGUUGAACGAAUUUGUCCGUCAUUGUACCAUUUCUUACAUGGAGCAUAGUAACAAGCAAGUCAGACAGGUUGCCGCUGUAACAUCAUGUGAGAUCUUCAUUAGAGAUCCAAUUUGUCAACAAACUAGUGUAAAUGCAUUGAAUGCAGUGAAUGAAGUUUUAGAUAAAUUACUCUCACUUGCGAUCACCGAUCCAAUCCCAGAAAUUAGAUUAGAAGUCCUUUCAUGUUUGGGUCUGGCUGGCAGCUUCGAUCCCCAACUCUCUCAAGCUACAAAUGUUCGCCUACUUUUCAUUGCACUCAAUGAUGAAAUAUUUGGAAUCAGAAAGACAGCAAUCAAAAUUUUAGGAAGAUUGUCUUCAAUUAACCCUGCUUACAUAGUACCAUCGUUGAGAAAGACAUUGAUUCAACUUCUUUCACGAUUAGAUUAUUCUACUGCUAGUAGAAAGAAGGAAGAGAGCGCAAUUUUACUAUCUUUAUUGAUUGCGAAUUCGAAAGAUCUUACGAGACCAUAUGUGAAACCGAUCGUGGAAGCACUUUUACCAAAGGCUAAGGACUUGAGUCUGUCUGUAGCCCUGAGUGCGAUCAACUGUCUUGGAGAACUUUCAGUAGUUGGAGGUGAAGAUUUAAAACCAUUUAUUCCUGAAUUAAUGCCUUUAAUUCUCGAUACUUUCCAAGAUCAAAGUUCGUCAUACAAAAGAGAUGCAGCUUUGAAAACACUUGGUCAAUUGGCUAGUUCUUCUGGCUACGUGAUUCAACCAUUGCUUGACUACCCACAACUUUUAGGAAUGUUAGUGGGUAUUCUUAAACUGGAAACUUCACCACAUAUUAGAAGAGAGACAGUCAGACUUUUAGGUAUUCUUGGUGCAUUAGACCCUUACAAACAUCGUGAGGUUGAACAAAAUUCCAAGAGUAUUCCCGUUGAGCAGAACGCUCCACCUAUUGAUGUUGCAUUGUUGAUGCAAGGUUUAUCACCUUCAAAUGAUGAAUACUAUUCCACUGUGGCGAUUAGUAAUCUUAUGCGUAUUCUUAAAGAUCCUUCACUUAGUAAUCAUCAUAAUAAGGUGAUUCAAGCAAUCAUGUACAUCUUCCAAACUUUGGGAUUACGAUGUGUUUCAUUUCUUCCUCAAAUCAUACCCGGUAUCAUUAAUGUCAUGCAUACCUGUCAACCUUCAAUGCUUAAGUUUUAUUUCCAACAAUUGGGGGCUUUAAUAUUGAUUGUUAAACAGCAUGUUAGACCAUUCCUCACCGAAAUAUUUGACGUGAUCAAGGAAUUUUUUGAUAUCAAUUCACAAUUAAACAUCCAAGUUAUUAUUAUAACAUUGAUUGAAUCUAUUCUGAAAGCACUUGAAGGUGAGUUCAAGAUGUACUUACCAGAAAUCUUGACUGUCCUCCUUAAUGUUUUUGAAGAGGAUAAAUCGGUGAAAAGAGAACCAUCAAUAUACGUACUUCGCAGUUUUGUUGUCUUUGGAAGUAACAUCGAAGAAUAUGUACACAUUAUAGUUCCUGCUAUAGUUCGUAUGUUUGAAGUUGGUCCAUUACACUUGCGUAAGGCAGCUAUCGAAACAAUUGGUAGACUUUCAAAAAAUGUGAUCUUAAAUGAUAUGGUCUCUAGAGUAGUCCACCCAAUUUUGCGUGUCUUGAGCCAGAACAACAUCAAUGAUGAGUUAAAAAAUGCUUGCAUGAAUACCUUGAGUGCUCUUUUGACAGUUUUAGGUGACGAAUUUGGUGUAUUUAUUCCGGUCGUGAAGAAGGUGUUGCUCAGACAAAAAAUACAUUCUGUACAGUACGAGCUGUUAGUAGGAAAACUAUUAAGCGGAGACCCACUCCCACCUAGCUCUUCAUUAAACUAUAAAGAGUUUGACACUCAUAUCAAUAAUUUUGACAUGCCUGAUGUGGAUAUGCCCUCGAAAAAAUUGCCCGUUAACCAGGUUGCAUUGAAGGCUGCCUGGGAUUCUAGUCAAAGAAGAUCGAAAGAAGAUUGGCAAGAGUGGAUUGGGCGAUUAAGUAAAGAAUUAUUGAAACAGAGUCCUUCGCAUGCAAUUAGAGCUUGUGCUGGUCUUGCUUCUGAUUAUUAUCCUUUGGCCAAAGAUUUAUUUAAUGCAAGUUUUGCAAGUUGUUGGAAUGAGUUGUAUUCGCAACAUCAAGAAGAAUUAGUACAAUCGUUUUGUAUUGCUCUUUCUUCGCCCAAUAAUCCACCAGAAAUCCAUCAAAUUUUGUUAAAUUUGGCCGAAUUUAUGGAGCAUGAUGAUAAAUCAUUACCAAUUAGUAUUUCUACUUUGGGGCAAUAUGCUCAAAGAUGUCAUGCUUACGCAAAAGCCCUUCACUACAAGGAAUUGGAAUUUUAUGAAGAACCCACCACACCUACAAUUGAAUCUCUUAUUAGUAUUAAUAAUCAGCUUCAACAGUCGGACGCUGCGGUUGGUAUAUUGAAACACGCACAACUCCAUCACGACCUUCAAUUGAAGGAAACUUGGUACGAAAAACUUCAAAGAUGGGAUGACGCUCUUCGAGCAUAUAAUGAGCGUGAAAGAACAGAACCAGAUAAUAUGGAAAUUACAAUGGGUAAAAUGAGAUGUCUCCAUGCAUUGGGAGAAUGGGAGCAGCUUUCUGAAUUAGCUCAAAGCAAGUGGAAUAACUCUAGUAGCGACAUUAAGCGUAGUGUUGCCCCAUUGGCCGCCGCGGCGUCUUGGGGUCUUGGGCAAUGGGAUAGAAUGGAUGCCUGUAUUAAGGUGAUGAAAUCUGAAUCUCCCGAUAAAGCAUUCUUUAACGCCAUUUUAUGUUUGCAUCGUAACAAUUUCGAAGAUGCCUCAAAUCAUAUUUUGAAAGCAAGAGAUCUCUUAGUGACAGAAAUUACUGCUCUUGUCAGCGAAAGUUAUAAUAGAGCAUAUGGUGUCGUGGUCAGAGUUCAGAUGUUGGCGGAACUAGAGGAGAUAAUUAAAUAUAAAUGCUUGCCUCAAGGUUCAGAGAAGAGAGUUGUCAUGAGGAAAACGUGGAAUACGAGAUUACUAGGAUGUCAAAGAAAUGUUGAUAUCUGGCAAAGAAUGCUUAAAGUUCGAGCUUUGGUUAUUAAGCCAAAGCAAGAUAUGGAUAUGUGGAUUAAGUUUGCAAACUUAUGUCGGAAAUCGGGUAGACUUAAUCUUGCCGAAAAGUCUUUGAACUUCUUAUUGGAAGAAGGAUCUCCAGAGAACCCUUCACGUGCACCACCGCAAGUUGUUUAUGCUCAAUUGAAAUACAUGUGGGCUAAGGGCCAACAAAAGGAAGCAUUGAGACAUUUAGUUGAUUUCACUACUAGAAUGUCACAAGAUUUAGGAUUAAAUCCAAAUGACCUUAUUACCCAACCAUUACCAUCGGAAGGACCUGGAAUUCCGAAGCAUGUUGAAGACUACACGAAGUUACUUUCAAGGUGUUUCUUAAAACAAGGUGAAUGGCAAAUCGCUUUAAAUAGCAACUGGAGAACUGAAACUUCUGAAAUUAUUCUUGGGGCAUAUCUAUUAGCCACACACUUUGAUGAUAAAUGGUAUAAGGCUUGGCACAAUUGGGCAUUGGCUAAUUUUGAAGUCAUUUCUCUUUACACGUCACUGAAUCCAAUCAAUCAUAAUGGAGAUACUACUGACAUUCUGGAUGAUAUAAUGGAACAAAACGAAUCAGUAAAGGUUGGAAAUCCUGAUGCUCACGAUAAUGUUGAAAAUCAAGAUGGACCACCACAUCAAGCUUCAAAUGUGAUACCACUCGAAGCUGUACAGAGACACGUAGUUCCUUCCAUAAAGGGAUUUUUCCACUCUAUUGCAUUGUCGAAUUCUAGUUCUUUGCAAGAUACAUUACGAUUACUUACUCUUUGGUUCAAAUUUGGAGGUAUUCCAGAAGCAGCACAUUCUAUGACAGAAGGGUUCAAUAUGGUUAAUAUUGACAAUUGGUUAGAAGUUGUUCCUCAAUUAAUUUCUCGUAUUCACCAGCCAAACCAAAUUGUCAGCAGGUCAUUAUUUGGUCUUUUGACUGAUUUGGGUAGGGCCCAUCCACAAGCUUUAGUUUAUCCUUUGGCUGUUGCUGUUACAUCCGAAAGUGUCAAGCGAAAGAAGGCUGCGAUGUCGAUUAUCGAAAAAAUGAGACUUCACUCGGCAGUUUUGGUGGAUCAAGCUGAACUUGUAAGUCAUGAAUUGAUCAGAGUUGCUGUGUUGUGGCAUGAACAAUGGUAUGAAGGACUUGAAGAUGCCUCACGUUUGUUUUUUGGCGAACAUAACACAGAGAAAAUGUUUGAGGUACUCGAGCCAUUGCAUAAGAUGUUACAAAAGGGAUCUGAAACCAUGAGAGAGUCUUCAUUCAAUAGUGCCUUCGGAAGAGAGCUUUCCGAUGCAUAUGAAUGGGUUUUGAAUUAUAGACGUACAAGAGAUAUCACCAAUUUGAAUCAAGCUUGGGAUAUUUAUUACAUUGUUUUCCGCAGAAUCAGUAGACAGUUACCACAACUCCAAAGUUUGGAGUUACAAUAUGUGUCACCUAAAUUGGAAGAGGCACGGAACUUGGACUUGGCUGUUCCUGCGACUUAUCAAGCAGGUAAGCCUAUUAUUAAGAUCACCAAGUUUGAUCCUACAUUCUCUGUUAUUUUGUCUAAACAGCGUCCUAGAAAGCUUUCAUGUCGUGGAAGUGAUGGUAAAGACUAUCAAUAUUUAUUGAAGGGACACGAAGACAUCAGACAAGAUAACUUAGUUAUGCAACUUUUCGGAUUAGUAAACACUUUGUUAGUUAAUGAUCCUGAAUGUUUCAAGAGGCAUUUAGAUAUCCAACAAUACCCUGCAAUCCCACUUUCGCCAAAGGUUGGUUUGUUGGGAUGGGUACCAAAUAGUGAUACUUUCCAUGUUUUGAUUAGAGAAUACAGAGAGUCGCGGAAGAUCUUAUUGAACAUUGAACAUCGUAUUAUGUUACAAAUGGCUCCUGAUUAUGACAGCUUAACAUUAUUACAGAAGGUAGAAGUUUUUACUGGUGCAUUAGACAACACCAGGGGACAAGAUUUGUAUAAAGUGUUGUGGCUUAAAUCUAAGUCAUCUGAAGCAUGGCUUGAUCGUCGUACUACUUAUACAAGAUCUUUGGCUGUUAUGUCCAUGGUUGGUUAUAUUUUAGGUCUUGGGGAUAGACAUCCAUCUAAUUUGAUGCUCGAUAAGAUCACCGGUAAGGUGAUUCAUAUUGAUUUUGGUGAUUGCUUUGAAGCAGCUAUUUUACGUGAAAAGUAUCCCGAAAAGGUUCCAUUCCGAUUGACAAGAAUGCUUAAUUAUGCUAUGGAAGUUAGUGGUAUUGAAGGGUCAUUCCGUAUUACUUGUGAACAUGUCAUGCGUGUCUUGAGAGAUAACAAAGAGUCAUUAAUGGCCAUUUUGGAAGCAUUCGCUUAUGAUCCAUUGAUCAAUUGGGGGUUUGACUUUCCUACCAAGGCAGUGGCGGAAGCCACCGGUAUUCAAGUACCUCAAAUUAACAUUCCCGAGUUAUUGAAGAGUGGACAAAUUGAUGAACAAGAGGCAGUUAGACUUACCAAGCAAAAUGAACUUGAAGUAAGAAAUGCCAGAGCAGCUUUGGUUUUGAAGAGAAUUACUGAUAAAUUAACUGGUAAUGACAUCAAAAGAUUGAAGGGUCUUGAUGUCCCAACACAAGUGGAUAAAUUAAUCCAACAAGCCACCAGUGUUGAGAAUUUGUGUCAACAUUAUAUUGGUUGGUGUUCCUUUUGGUAGAGAAAUAACAACAAAUAAGUUAUCUAUAAAUGUUAAAAAUGUAUUACGUAUAUUUAAUUGUUAAAAGUGUAGGAACAAUGUUUGAUCUAUAAUGUACUUGA